GAGAAUGAUCCCCCUUGUGCUAUCCUUGCUUUUUUGAUUCCCUUCUUUCCUUUCUCCUUGCUGGCCGGUUCCAGCACCUUAUUUUCUUCGUUUGGCGCUGCGUUCGAUCUUAUUUCCAGCGCCUCUUUUUUUGAUCAGUCCUUCGUACAUUCUCUGCCCUUGGCACCAUCAUGACCACCACCAGUGUUUUCAAGAGCACAGACAACUUAAUAACAAUCAGGCUUGGGCGGACACUUGACAUGCCGCCCCUACCAUUCGAGCUGAAUGGGAUAGUGGCGCAAGAAACCUGGGAGUAUCGAGUUCGCGAGACGAACAAAUUAUUCCUCAGGUCCAGCAAGCCAAUCUUUGAGCGUAUUUGGUUUGGCAUUGCGUUUACUGCAAUGGUUGUACUGCCUGCAGCGCUUUACGGCGGUAUUCGGGCCACAUUGGACAAUGAAGAUUUCCGUUACCGUUUUGAUGAUGACGAUAGAGUAUGGAAGUAUCGUUGGGAAGUGAGGGGAAUCACUAUUGGUAUUCUGGUCGCCACCGUCUUGGUCUUCUGGGGGCCACUGGUUGCAUGGAAAUGUUACGGUACCAAAAAAGCUAAAGCUAUGGCUCGCCAAUGGAACGAAGCGGAUGCAGCUGCCCCCACAGAGAACAAUUUCAGGCCUAUAUGGAGCGUGCGCGCCCCUAACCUACUGAGCUCAUAUGGAUCCCUCACAGUGACCGCACCCCCAGCGACGGUCAUUGUCUCUAAUUUCGACCCUCAAAUGCAGACCUCUUUGCCUUCAUACCUCAUUCAGCAACCUACUCAGCCUUCGGGGUAUUCUUUUCCGUAUUAUAGUAUCGACCAAGCACCGGUUUUGGAUGACAAGACGAAUCCUGGGCCUAUGGAGCACAGUCCACAGCCCAGGAGUCAAGGGCCGGCAGGCGAACGGGAGAGGAAUGAGUCAGUGCGGCGGGAUGACUUUGAAGAAGUCAAAGUCUGAGUUAACAAGCGGCGCUCGGAGUUUGUGGAGGGAAUGGAUGCGGGGCGUUUGUACAAUGGCAGACAGUCCUUCGUUAAAUUUUAAACCUGCUAUCACACUGCUGAGGUAGAGCAUUCCAUAAAC